AAAAUCCCCAACUCCUCCUACCGAAAAAAAAAAUGCCCAACUCCUCUCAGAAUUUCACAAAAGGAAAGUAAUAGAGAAACUUGAAAAUUAGGCAAAAGAACAAAAUGGCUGAUGCAGCGAGCGACCAAGCAACCCGUGAGCGGAUCUUCAAGCGGUUUGAUGCCAAUGGGGAUGGAAAGAUCUCGUCAUCGGAGCUCGGCGAGACACUGAAGACUCUCGGGUCUGUCACGGAUGACGAAAUCAAGCGUAUGAUGGCAGAGAUUGACACCGAUGGCGAUGGCUUCAUCUCGUUCGAUGAGUUCGCUGCUUUUGCUCUAGCAAAUCCAGGCAUAAUCAAGGACGUUGCCAAGCUGAUUAAAUAAGCAAUAUGAUCUCCCAGUCUCCCGCAACAAUAUUAUUCUUCUUUAUCGAUUAAUAGCUAUAAAUAUAUCUUCUUGUUUUUUUUUUUUUGGGGGGGUGGGGGGGUGGUGCGUGGUUCGUGGGGUGGAGAAAAUUCGUCUUCCGGGUUGUCGAGGUAAUUACCUUGGAUUGGAAUCAAAUUAGUGGGUGCACGCAUUGUAAGCGGGUACAUUGUUUCUAUACAAUUUUUUUUUUUUCCUUUUGGAGUUAUAAUUAUUGGUGGUAGCUGAACUGUUCAUUUUUGUUUUGAAGUAAUUUGACCGGAGGUGAGGUUUGGUUCGGUGA